CGCAGGGCCCGACGGGAGCCACGUCUCUGCGGUUUGAGGACCUAGCUGGGAUUGGCGACCGGGGCGGCGGUGCUGGGGCUGCUGGGAAGAUGGCGGACUCGGCGGCCCGCCGAUGAGGAGGCCGCGGGGGGAGCCCGGCUCCUGGGCCCCGAGACCGACUGAGGGAGCGAUCUGCACGGGGCCUGGGGAGCCAUGGUCUCCAUCACCCAACUCCAUGCUUCGAGUCCUGCUUUCUGCCCAGGCCUCCUCUGCUCGGCUGUCUGGCCUGCUGCUGCUCCCACCAGUACAGCCCUGCUGUCUGGGGCCCAGCAAAUGGGGGGACCGGCCCUCUGGAGGAGGUCCCCAUAUGGGUCCUGUGCAGGGACUGCAGCGGCUUUUGGAACAGGCGAGGAGCCCUGGGGAGCUACUGCGCUGGCUGGGCCAGAACCCCACCAAGGUGCGAGCCCACCAUUACCCUGUGGCCCUUCGUCGUCUGGGCCAGCUCUUGGGGUCUCAGCCACGGCCCCCUCCUGUGGAGCAGGUCACACUGCAGGACUUGAGUCAGCUCAUCAUCCGAAACUGCCCCUCCUUUGACAUUCACACCAUCCAUGUGUGUCUGCACCUUGCAGUCUUACUUGGCUUUCCGUCAGAUGGGCCCUUGGUGAGUGCCCUGGAGCAGGAGCGAAGGUUCCGCCUCCCCCCGAAGCCACCUCCCCCUCUGCAGCCCGUCUUUCGUGGUGGGCAGAGGUUGGAAGCUGCUCUGAGCUGCCCCCAUUUCCUGCGGCAUCCUCGGCAGCAUCUGAUCCGCAGCCUGGCAGAGGCAAGGCCAGAGGAACUAACUCCUCACGUAAUGGUGCUCCUGGCCCAGCACCUGGCCCGGCACCGGUUGCGGGAGCCCCAGCUUCUGGAAGCCAUUGCCCACUUCCUGGUGGUCCAGGAAGCCCAGCUCAACAGCAAGGUGGUACAGAAGUUGGUCCUGCCCUUUGGGCGGCUGAACUACUUGCCUCUGGAACAGCAGUUUAUGCCCUGUCUUGAGAGGAUCCUGGCUCGGGAAGCAGGGGUGGCACCCUUGGCCACUGUCAACAUCUUGAUGUCACUGUGCCAGCUGCGGUGCCUACCCUUCAGAGCCCUGCACUUUGUCUUCUCACCGGGUUUCAUCAACCACAUCAGUGGCACACCUCAUGCUCUGAUUGUGCGUCGCUACCUCUCCCUGCUCGACACAGCUGUGGAGCUGGAGCUCCCAGGAUACCGGGGUCCCCGCCUCCCCCGGAGGCAGCAAGUGCCCAUCUUCCCCCAGCCGCUCAUCACCGACCGUGCCCGCUGCAAGUACAGUCACAAGGACAUAGUAGCCGAGGGGCUGCGCCAGCUGCUGGGGGAGGAGAAGUACCGCCAGGACCUGACUGUGCCUCCAGGCUACUGCACAGACUUCCUGCUGUGUGUAAGCAGUAACGGUGCUGUGCUUCCUGUGAGGACCCAGGACCCCUUCUUACCAUACCCACCAAGGUCCUGUCCUCAAGGCCAGGCUGCCUGGAACCCUACUACCCAAGACCCUACCCAAAGGGUGGUGCUGAUGCUGCGGGAGCGCUGGCAUUUCUGCCGAGAUGGCAGGGUGCUGCUGGGCUCGCGGGCCCUGAGGGAACGGCACCUUGGCCUGAUGGGCUACCAGCUCCUGCCGCUGCCCUUUGAGGAACUGGAGUCACAGAGAGGCCUGCCCCAGCUGAAGAGCUACCUGAGGCAGAAGCUCCAGGCCUUGGGCCUCCGCUGGGGGCCUGAAGGGGGGUGAGGGGAAGCACAGUGGGUUAAGAUGGCCCCCCCAUGGGGGGCAGACAGUUUGCACUUUGGCUCCCAUUUUGGUUCUCAUUAAAGGCCCUUUCCUUCCCC